AUGACUUGUAAGAAUUUUUUAAUUCUAUUAUUAAAUUUCAAUGAACACAAAUUAAGGAAUUAUCAUAAUCUAAAAAUGAUAUUAGCAAAUUAUUAUAAUAGCUAAAGGAACCAGAUAUAUCAUAAAUAUGUGAUAAUAUUUUAAUAAAUAUACAAUCAUUUCCUUAUUAAUUUCAGGAAGUAACGGUGGAAGAAGAAUCAGAAAAAUCAAAUAAGUGGUUAGAUUUUAUUUAUCAAUUUAGAAAUUAAAUAUAUUCUGUAAAGAACAUCAAUCAAACAGAAUAGUUUUUUUAGAUUUUUAGUUAGAGAAAAUAAGUUCUAGGAGUUUAGCUUGUGAUUAAUGUUUUGAUGAUUAUCCUUCAUAAACUUAUAAAAGUGUUAAAUUUGCUCGUAAAUAAUGGAAUAAUAUUGUAAAAGAACAGCAAAAGAGUAUGUAAAAUAAUUUAUUAAAUGUGAACAAAACAGUUUAUGUUAUGAAUCAAGAAAUGAAAUAGAUAUAAAACUCUAUAAAGAAAUCUUAUGAGAAAUAUUAUUAGAAGUAUAUUACUAAUUAUAAUUAAUAUGAAUUAAAUGUUGAAAAAAUGAAAUAAGAAAUGAAUAUACCAUGGGAAUUGUUAAAAGAAGAUAAAUUGCUAAAAAUAGUUGAAGAUAUGAAUAAGAG